UUCGAAUUUUAUCAUCUAACCAUUGGGUUUUUCAUUAAAAAUAUUGAUACUUAAUAUUCAUCAUUAUUUUUCGCAACAAUGUCCACAAAGGCCUAUCUUGAUAGAUUUCUAUCAGUAGUGGAUCAAAAUGACAAAAAUUUGAUGCAAUUUUUGGAAUCAUCAUCGGUUGAUCAAGAAUACACUGAACUUAUUGAUGCAUUUCGACGUCAAAGCAUUGAAGAAUUAACAAAUCUUCUUUCUGAAUUGGAUCCCAUCAAAAAUCCUAAUAUUGAGGUUGCAUCAUCUCAUGAUGAAUACGGUGAACGUAUUGACCACCAGAAUCAACGACUAAAUAAUGUGCUUAAAAAUCGACCGAUGACAAUGGAUCGUUCAACACAGACAGAAGAUACCAUGACUAACAUAAGUGAUAACCAUUGCGAAAAACAAAUUCAAAAUCAACGGCACAAAAAAGAAAAUUUGAUCCCAACCAUGAACUGGUUAACGAAUGCAAGAAAUUACGAAAGGGGAUCAUUGCAUCUGCCAAUUGUUCUGAUUCAAUUGGCACCUUUUUCACCAAUUACAAAGACCUAUAUUAUCAUUUAUGCGAGGACCAUCCAGAAACAUUUGUCUGUCCAUCAAAUGAAAGAUGACGAUGUUCGUGAUGUCCUGCUGCCAGUCAAUAAUGAUGGUGAAGAAACGAAAUCCAGUUCUGAAGUAGAUUGGAAUUAAUAUUCCACUGGCCAUGAGCAAGCAGUUAUACAUGAAGAUAUCUAACUGGGUAGAUCGUUUUUUGACAUUGUCAAAUACGAAUUGCCAGUGGAAUUGUAUUCAAAAUUCAUUGAAUUUUGCAAAUCGGUAAACAAGUGUCGAUUAAAAUUUCAUAUGACACAAGAAGCCAUUUCGUCAUUUCACGAAGCAUAUACAAAUAUAUUUGAAUUGGACAGUUUGAAUCAAAAAUUGCAAAAUUUUAUGACUAAAUUUGCUAAUUCAAAAUAUUUACAAAAAAAUUCUCUUUAGAAAAAUUGUUAAUUUCUAAUUUAUUUUUUGUAAACUUCAGAACUCACUUAUGAUUCGAUAUUUUCAUAUAAUUUCAAUUGUGUUUCAUUAUUAAGAAGAUAGAUUUUUGUUAAUUAGGAAAAGGAUAUGGUUGUGCACUCCUGAUGAAGAAGGGUCAAAGACUUAGCAAAGUUCAUAAUUUUUCGACCGUCCGAUUAGCCGUUCAUAAUACGGUAUUUAAAUAAAAAAAUGUUUUGGUCAAACUUGGCGUACUUAAUAGCUGAAAACGUAUUGAAUUUAAUCGUGAAUUCACGUUUGUUCAAAAUUUUUCGUGUUAUUAUUGUGUUCAAU